GUUAACGCGAAACGCUUGUCUUUUUGUAAUUAUACUGCAUUAUACUGUAUUAUAGACGUUAUAUAGCCGACAACCUUGUCAAUUCUUCAUCUCUCAAGGGCCUUCUAGGAGUCGUCAUCUCCGACCUCACACAAACACCACCCCCCGAGAAUACAAUGUCCACCCAAGAUUCAACCUCCAUCCCCCUCUCAACCGCCCACGUCCACGCUCCCUACAAGCUGCUCGAGCUACCCCCGGCUCUCCUCGCCCUGCUCGAGUCCGACUCCCCGCCAACCCUGCACCUCACUCCCGGCACCGGCACUCCACAUGCCCUCCUCUCCGCCCCAACAGGGACCUACCGACUACAACAGAAGAAUAGUUCGAAUCCGCUGAUGCUGCUACGGCCAUCUUUCUCGACAGAGGCGGGCAGCGAGGGUGCUGAUGGUGCUGAUAGCGAGGUAGGAUGUGCCUCAGUAUGUGUGGUGGCCAGGAUAGAGGAUACCCUCGAACUCCUCCCAUACGACGCGGCUGCGGAAGCUGCGGCACCAGUGAAGGCGAAAGCUGGGAAGUGGCAUGAGAAGUUUGCGGCAUCGAGAGCGAAGAAGUGAAAGAUGAUACUCACUAUGGAUGUUCAUAUUGGUUAUCUGGCUCGUACGCUGGGUAGGGACCUGCCCGCUGCAGGCGGCUGAAGAGGCUCUGGGACUGGCUCUGGGUCGUUGGGCUCAGUUCCUGUGAUGGCAUGGGAAGGCUGGAUGGCAGAGAGAGGGAUACAAGACGUGGGUUUGUCCUGCGCCGCGAUGGGGGGAGGAAUUGUCGGCUGGUUAUGUCUACGGAGUACCAAGAAACUACGGUCCACGCGCCAUCAACGGACAAAGCCAGAGGGCAUCUCAGAUCAGAUCUGUAUUUACAAGAAGGAAUACCAAUCAAGGCAACUUCAAUGUCAAUUAACACACCGUUCAAGUCCCCAACAAUGUACGCGAUCUAAACGUGAAAGCUCAUAGUCAGAAAACCGCCCACCAAGCCCAAUGCGCACUCUAAAACCACUCUUGCCGCCAAAGCAAAG